AUGGAGGGCACUGCCAUGCCAGAGACAACAUUAAAUGUGAGUCUCUCCAAACAAGUUUGCUACGUGCAGCAUUCCAACACAUGGAAGCCAGGGGCCCCAAAGCGUUCAAAUCACGGCAAUGAACAAGCCCUUUUCUUCCCAGUAAGGCAGCACACUGACCACCAGGAUCACCUAGAAGAGAACUUAGGAGUCGCUGCGAGCAUCAUGGUCGCUCAGUUUCUUCAGGAUGCAGCUUACGGAGAAGUCCAAACCUUAGCUAAAGGGCUGCUGGAUCUUGCUGAAAAGUGUAAGAGUCCAAGGCCACAUGAAUCGCCUGCAGAGUGUGCUCGCCAGCUGACGGCCACCUUCCUUACACAUAUUUGCAACAACCAAGGGCUGGUGGACAACCACGUUCUCACUGACUGUUGUAAGGUGAAAAAUACAGCACGACUCAAGCGCUUUCUGUCCUAUAAGAAGGAUGAUGCAGACAGCAGCGACACACCCCUGAGUCCAAGGCCUGAGCUGGCCUGUGAGAUGGCUGAGGAGAAUAAUGCGUCCCUGAAGGCGAGGUGCAGCUAUGAAACUUCUAGAAGACAUCCAUUCUUAUAUGGACCCACUAUCUUGACCGUGUCUUCUUGCUAUGAGUCAGCUGUUCAGUCAUGUUGUCAGGAGGAAAAUAAAACAGAGUGCCUGCAGACAAAGCUAGAACCCAUCCGAAAAUAUAUUAGAGGAAUAUCUGUGAGACAUCGUCAUUUAUGUGGAAUUGGGAUCAAAUUCAAUGACAAAGUAGCCAGAGCAGUAGAGUUGACUCUGCUCACUAAAAAGCAACCUAAAGCUAAUUUUUCUGAAAUUGCCAAAUUGACCACAGAUAUUAAAAACCUGCAUGAGACCUGUUGUGAAGGAAACACAAUAGCGUGUGUACUGGGCAGGGACCAGCUUAUGAACUAUACCUGCUCUAACCAGGCCAUUUCAUCCAAGUUUGCCGAGUGCUGUGAACUGCCAGAACCAUUCCGUGGGGAAUGCAUCAUCAACUCGGAAAAUGACGACAAACCCAACCUUUCACCCCUGCCACUCAGGAGGUUUACGGAGGACCAUUCUGUGUGCGAGCACUUCCGUGGCCAGCAGGACGACUUUCUGCAAGAGUUUCUUUAUGAAUAUUCAAGAAGACACCUGGAGUUGGCAGUUCCAGUGAUUUUAAGAGUGUUUGCAACAUAUGAACGCUUACUGGAGAAAUGCUGCAAGUCAGAAAACCCGGUGGAGUGCCACAGACAUGGGAAAGAGAUGCUCCAAAGAGUGGCACUUGACAGCCGUGACCGUGUUAAAACUUACUGUGACUUGCAUGAGAAGCUGGGCAGUCGUAACUUCCAGAACAGGCUCACAGUCCUGCACACUAAGAAAGCCCCACAGAUGUCUGCCCAGGAGCUGGUGGUGCUGACGAAGAAGAUGGCGGCGGCUGCUGGCAGGUGUUGUCCACUCACGGCUGAGCGCCAGUCCGCCUGCGUGGAGGACCAGGCGAAGCUGAUUCUCGGAGCUCUGUGCAGAAGGCACGAUGCCAAUCCUGUCAAUGGUGGGGUGGGCAGCUGCUGCGACGGCUCGUUCGCCUUCAGGAAGCCAUGCUUUGAUGACCUGCAAGUCGACGGAACGUACGCUUCUCCACCUUUAUCUUGUGACCGAGUCAUCAGCCUUACAGAGGACUUGUGCGGAGCGCAGGGGGAGGAACUCCAAACUGAAAAGCAAAAGCUCCUCAGUAACCUUGUGAAGCAGAAGCCGUGGGCUGCAGAGGAGGCGUUCCAGUCCAUUGGCGAGGACUUCACACACCUGGUGGAGAAGUGCUGCCAUGCAGAGAGGAGAGAGAUGUGUUUUCAGGAAGAGGGACAACAACUGAUCACGAGGUGCCAGUCCCUCUUAGAGGCCAGCACAUCCCAGGGCGUGUUGCUGUAGGGUCACCGGUGGGUGAGAUCAGCACUACUGAAGAUGACAAGUCAAUGGACCGCCGCCGCCUCACUGGCUCAGGGGGUAGCAGAACGCCGGCUAGUCCACACUGUCUUUCCCCUCCCCUUAACAAAUGGCUCCUAGAGGAGUCCCUCCUGACGCAAGACCCGCCUCUCAAGUGCAGCAGAGAAAAAACCAUUCAAGGCCUCCAGCCAAUUUAAUAUGCAGCUGUUAUGCCAGGUUCACGGGACCCUCAGAGACCACCAGGAGACGACUCCAUGCAAUUGCAAGAAAGCUUUAUUAUGAGAGCGAUCGAACUCGGGACCCAAGUCUCACUGACGCAGCAGUAGAGGAGUGGGACCCCAGCUCUGAGUGAACAGGAUUCUUAAAGGGAAAGUCUGUGAGCCGGGGGUUUCCAUGGCAGCAAGCAGGGGGCACAAGUCUUGGCGUUAAAUAAUUGGGUGAAGUUUAGCAGGGCGGGGUGACCUUUUCUGAGGCACACAAUCACAAUGGCUAAGGCAUAUAAUCAUGAUGGCUAUUUUUCUAAACCACAUCUGAAACAUUGGGGAGAAUUUUCCCACCCGAUUCACAAGCGAUUCCCAUUGAUUAUUGCCAGGGAGUUUGUCUCUAUUUUCUAUGAAGCAUUUAUUCUGUUAUAUUUCCUAGAGGCUGUUGCUAGGAGAGUUAACUUUGUUUUCUGCCAGGUGUACAUUCUGUGAUAUUUCCUAGUACCUGAAUUCAGUUCCCAGUCAAAAUCUUUAUUUCAAAAUGGAGUUAUAUUUUGGCUAACUUAAACUCUUUACAGCCACAUCUUGCUGGGAACUGAUUGCUGGGCCCCUGCAGCGAAGACUUCCAGGUCAACACGCAGCUGUCUGUACCACUUCUGGGGAUGACUGCUGAUGAGCUGAGGGAAAUAUGCUGAUGAGGGUACCUUUGUGGAUGUGUUCUGCCUCCUGUCUGUGUGCAGUGUCGACAUUGCCAGCAACGGCUCUUGAUACAUUUAUAUUAAUUUGGGCAUCUUUGGGUGCCUGCUCUUUUCUCCGGAAAUUCUACUGAAAAUAACAGGACUCAUUGGGACUUUUAAAUUUUUCUAUGAUUCUCUUAUCUGAUAAAAUAAACAUUAAUAGUUUAGUGCUUACUAAAUAAGUGAAUCAUUUUGAUUGAAGAAACAGAAAGCUUUUCAUGAUGCUCUUUACUUGAUCUUAAUUGUUUUCUUCCUACUCUAGAAUUAUCAAUACGCUUACAUACAUUAGCAACAUUCACAUUUGUUGACCAUCCCAUCCAUGCAUUCAACGCACGGUGCAAAAUACCGUGGUGGAGACAGAAGAGACAGCUGCUAAGGGCACAUACAGUUCUUUUAGAGGGCCCAAGUUUGGUUCCCCACACCCACAUUUAGCAGAUCAUUGUUGCCUGUGUCUCUAGUUUGGAGGACCACUCUUCUGGCCUCUAUAGAGACUUGUUCUUAUGUAUAAUGCACACACACAGAAUAAAGAUAAACAUAGGAAGCCACUGAUGUGUCGAUCUAAGACUCAAUCAAUUUAAGCAUUAUAAUAAAGGCAUAGUUCACAUUUCCGGUAUUCCAAACACGAAGCAAGCAAUCACAGUGCACAGGGGUUGGAGACCACUUGGUGAAACUGAGACCACGAAAGGUCACCGAAGGAUAGAGGCUUACCCAGAACUAGACAAGCAUGGCUCCAACAGCUGGACACAUAGCAAAAGAGACUCAGAGAAUGUGAGUGACCCAUUUGGCCGUGGUUUUUGUAUUGUGUUUGAAUCUUGUGUCUUUGUGUCUGAGUGUGGGCACACGCCUGCCAUGACAGAUGUGUGACAGCAGAAAGACAAACUCACAUGUUGGCUAUCACCUCCAACCUUUUUUGCCACUGUGUUCACUGGGCUAGCUUGCCCACGAGAUUCUCGGGGUCCUCCUGUCUCCACUUCCCAUCUUGCCAUAGGAGCCCGGGGAUUACAGGGCUGCAUCUGGCUUUACUUGCAUUCUGGGGAUCUGAACUCAGGUCCUUAUGCUUUUGCGGCAAGCCCUGUACCCACUGAGCUAUCUUCUCAGCCCCACUUGGCUAGCCGUAAAACAAAAAUAAAGUAACUGAGGGCAAUCAGGGUUAGUGGACGAGAAGGCUGCAAUGGGGGAAGGGUGUGUGUGACAUACACUGAUUUGAAUAUGACAGAUCCUUCCACUCAGUACUUCUUACACGCAAAGCACCAGCAUUUGUUUAGCGAAGCAACUACAAGCGUCUCCCUUCUGCUCCUGUGUAUUCUGUUGACUGGAGUAGAGACCAUUAAAUAUUGCUGUGCCAGUGUUCUUCCUUGUCAUUACUCCCUAAACAAUACAUUGUAACAGCUAUUUACAUAUCAUUUGCAUUGUCCUACUUAUAAGUAAGCUAGGGGUGACUUAGAGUAUCUGGGAGGCUGGAGGGUAUACACAAAUUGUCCAUUUUAUAGGAAGUACUUUAACGUCAUUAGAUGGCGAUGUCUGAAGCAGGGUCUUGGAACUAGUCUCCUGGGAUUCAGUGCUCAACAUCCAUCAUGCUGGCCAUGGGUUCCAAUCCUACCCAUUCCUUCUGAUUAAUACCUUAAGUCAAUCUCCUAGCCUUUCUAGGAUUACUUUCCUCAUAUAUAAAGUGGAAUUCAAAGAAUAACGUCUUAAGAUUGUACACAGGUUGGUGUAUAUAAGCUGGGCAAGGCAGAAGGCAAAUAGGACAAGAAUUAUAUGAAAUCUCAGGUUUUGCUGAUCAAAUAUUGAUGUCAACCUAAAGUAUUAAAUGCUAUUGCAUGUACAAAUGAUUACCAUUAAAGGCUGCCUUGCUAAUUCCAUCCUA